AUGCGCCCAUCUCGAGCACAGAGCGCCCCCCGGGGUUUGGGGGGCCCGAGCUCGCGUCUGCAGGAGUUCCGAGGGGAGCCCGGGGCCCGCGGCGGCGUCACGUGGGGGGGGGCCUGGGGGUGCCGGGGGCCCGGGUUCGAGGCCCCGGAAGCCGCCGCCCCGGGGCGCAUCCGCAGAGCGGGCCGGGCGUCCGGGGCGGCGGGGGCGCCCGACGCCCGCGGCCCCGCGCCCGCCGCCCUGCACCCCGAGGAGGUGGCGGCGCGGCUGCAGCGGAUGCGCCGGGAGCUGAGCAACCGCAGGAAAAUCCUGGUGAAGAACCUGCCCCAGGACAGCAGCUGCCAGGAAGUUCACGAUUUAUUACAAGACUAUGAGUUAAAGUAUUGUUAUGUGGACAGAAAUAAACGAACAGCGUUUGUUACCUUAUUGAACGGGGAACAAGCCCAGAAUGCCAUCCAGAUGUUUCAUCAAUACUCUUUUCGAGGAAAAGAUUUAAUAGUUCAGCUCCAGCCAACAGAUGCUUUGCUGUGUAUUACCAACUUGCCCACUUCUUUUACGUUAGAGGAGUUUGAAGAACUUGUUCGUGCUUAUGGAAAUAUCGAGAGAUGUUUUCUAGUCUACAGUGAAGUUACCGGCCAUUCCAAAGGCUAUGGAUUUGUGGAAUACAUGAAAAAGGACUUUGCUGCCAAGGCUCGCUUGCAGCUCUUGGGGAAACAGUUGGGAGCGUCAGCUCUCUUUGCGCAGUGGAUGGAUGUUAACCUCUUGGCCGCAGAGCUUAUUCAUUCUAAGUGCCUUUGUAUAGAUAAACUUCCUAGUGACUACAGGGAUUCAGAGGAGCUGUUGCAAGUUUUUUCCAGUAUCCAUAAACCUGUGUUUUGCCAGCUUGCACAGGAUGAAGGUAGUUACGUUGGCGGCUUUGCAGUGGUUGAAUAUAACACUGCAGAGCAUGCUGAAGAGGUUCAGCAAGCAGCUGACGGUAUGACCAUCAAGGGCAGCAAAGUCCAGGUUUCCUUCUGUACCCCGGGAGCGCCAGGGCGAAGUACCUUAGCGGCAUUGAUAGCAGCUCAACGGGUGAUGCACAGCAGUCAAAAGGGCUUACUCCCAGAGCCAAAUCCAGUGCAAAUUAUGAGGAGUUUGAACAACCCUGCCCUGCUCCAAGUUCUUCUGCAACCGCACCUCUGCGGGCGAGCCCUGAAACCAGCAGUUCUUGGAACCCCUCACAGCUUGCCGCAUCUGAUGAACCCACCCAUGUCUCCUGCAUUUUUACAGUUGAAUAAAGCACAUCAGAGCUCAGCUAUGGGUAAUGCUUCUAAUUUGUUCCUUCAGAAUCUUUCUCAUGUACCACUGGCACAGCAACAAUUAAUGAAACUUGAGAAUAUUCAUACAAAUAAUAAACCGGGCUUGCUCGGAGAACCGCCAGCUAUGGUGGUGCAGACCGCAGUGGGGAUGGGGUCCGCGCUUCCACUGAAGGCAGAGUUGGGCCAUCAUGGAGAAGCACAUAAAACGUCCGCUCUGCUUCCAACUCAGACCACGAUAACAGCCGGAGUGGGCGGGUUGCCCUUCCUUCCGAAUCAGCAGAGGGCCAGCCGGGUGGGGCCGGCGCUCGGCAACGCUCAGGAGAAGCAGCCCCCCUCGGUGGGCGCGGCGGACCGGGGCUUCUCCGGGUCGCUGGCAUAUCUCCAGAGCUGGCCCAGCCUUCCUGCUCUGGGCUUGCUGACAGCUCACCAGAGGCAACAGCAGAGCCAGCCACACAGCCCGGAGAUGAGUUCAGGGGCUGCCUCUAAGAAUCAGACUUCACUCUUGGGAGAACCACCCAAAGAAAUUCGGCUCAGCAAAAAUCCAUACUUGAACUUGGCAAGUGUGUUGCCCAGUGUGUGCUUAUCAUCCCCUGCAAGUAAAGCCACUCUACAGAAGAGUGGAAUUGCCAGCAGCAUCCUGGAUGCGGUCCCUCAGGGAAGCGAACCCCAGCACGCGCUGGAAAAGUGUAGUGCUUAUUCUCAGCCUUUUGCUGACUGUGCACAGGUGUCAUCUUUGAGAAAUGAAAAGCGAGGCUCAUCGUAUCUCAUCUCUUCCCCAGAAGGUGGCGCAGUGGGGUUUGUUGACCAGCAUUCUCAGGGCACAGGAGUGUAUUACAUGGAAACCUACUUAAAAAAGAAGCGAGUGUACUGAGUUACGUUCUCUCCUUACAACCUCGGAAGGUUCUCUGCAGAAUCUCUGCUGGUCUUCGCUGCCUUAACGACAUUCAGACUAGCCAUAUCCUUUAAAUACGGGUUUCUAAUUUCCCAGAAGGAACUGUUGUGCAGCAGGCAGAAUUGCCAAAUAAGAAAUGAGUAGCAAUAAGAAGAAAUAUCAAGUGAGGACGUUUUCCACUAGAAUUAGAUGCAUCUUAAUCAAUGUGAUAUUAACCUACGGUCCAUUGGAGAAAUUAAUAAUAUUUCUUGUUUUAGGACUGGGAAUAAUUUUGACACCAUAUAUAAAAGUUUGAAGCAAUAAACGGGAAACAGUCUUGUUUCCUGAGCCUUAGUAGAAUGAGUUUCUUAAAAGCCAACGUGCAUUUCGACUUACUUUCCCUAGAAGUAAUCUCAUUUACAGAUUUUCAGACCUUUUCCUAGAACUGUGAGAGUGCUGGAUGUCCUACAUGCAGACUGCAUUGUGACCGCCACCCCAGCCACGCAACAUAAAACUCAAACACGGAGUGAUCGCGAGGGCCCAGGCAGACGCCACGACAGAUGCUUUACUUUUAAUACAUUUACCAUUUAUACCUUUUGUGAAAAACACAAGGUAUUUUAAGAAAAGCAGCUUUGGUGAUCUAAUUAAGGGAUUGGCAAACUACACCCUGGGGUCAAAUUCAAUCCUCCACCUGUUUCUGUACUGUUUCUGUACUGUGAUGUUUACAUUUUUAAAUGGUUGGAGGAAAAAAGAAAAUUUAUGAUUUAAAAAUUAUAUGAAAUUCAGAUUUCAGUGUCCGUACAUAAAGUUUUAUUGGAACACCACCAUGCUCAUUCAUUUACAUACCGUCUAGGGCUAUUUCGUGCUACAAUAGCAGAGAUGAGUAGCUGUGACAGAUGGCAAAGCCUGAAAUAUUUACCAUCUAGCCUUUUAUAGAGAAAGUUUGCCAACGCUCAUCUAAUAGCACUAAUUCCCUAAUCGUUUUACUUCACCUAAAGAAGGACCUUUAACUUUUGCAGCAGACUUCUAAGGCAAGGAACAUGGGCUUGUGUGUCUCCUCCUCUAGUGCAUCCUAAGGACUAGAAGCGGGCCUGCCGUGAGCAUCCAGCCCCACUGCACAGUGCAGUGACGCGGUCAGCACCAGCCUGCUGAGCGGGUCUUCUGGAGGAACGGUAUUUAUAAGUGUUUUGAGCUAAUAAGCGAUACCUCACUCUCUGCUUUGUCUCUUAUUCUUUUGUAGUGAAUUAGGCUGAAAAACGAUCAGCCAUUUAACCCAACUUACUUCUGAAAGAAUUGUGUUUAUUGCAGAUAACUUCUGAGAUCACCGUCUCCUCAAGACCUUGGUAUUAAAUGCAUGAGACACCCUGUGCCACCUAGAAAUUUCUAAGCUUGUUCCUUGUUAUGAGACUGUAAUUGAUGAUAUGGAAUUUAGGGGUCCCGAUGAUCCUAGUCUUUUUGAAAUCAGAUCAUUAAAUAACUUGUAACUUAGGGACUUAUUAUUUUUGCCUAUGACAUAGGGUAUCUAUCUAUCCUGUUUUAAUUAGGAAGUUUAAAAUUGGUACUCAUAUGAUUUGUAAAGAAAGAAUUUUACUUGGUCUAAUUUAUUGCAUAUGUUAACUUCUGUUGGAAGAUGACAGCUAGGCAGUUGAACUAAGAUAAUUUCUAAGGAGUGUACUAAAUAAGUUAACUGACCGGGAUCGGCUGUGACCCAGCAGAUGCAUAAUGGAUCCGCCCUGCUCUCUACUCCCCCUUCCCACUCUCCUGUUGCAUUGAGCCUCUUCAGUGCUUAGUCACACCUCCGUGACAGUACAAACAGAAGAAAGGGAAGCUGGUGACUUUUAAAUCAGAGCUGCCGCAUGAAAGCAGGAAGAGGCUGAAAGAACGAAAAGGUACUUUGGACCACAGGACACGUGGCUCUGCCGUCCAUACUGGCCUGUGCCCCUUACCAUUGGAC